GCGGAGGCCGGGGAGGAGCCGGGGCCUGCAGCGGAGCCGCCGCCAGCAGCAGCAGCCGCGGGAGCGGCGGGGCCUGGAGGGACUCAGCGCCGCCCGCCCGGGCGCCCCCUCCCCGUCCCCCGUCCCCCCCCCGCUCCGGCACCGGGGCCCGGGGAGCCCCCGGGGGCGCAGCCGAGGCCCGGCGGACGGCGGCGGAGGCGGGCGCUGAGCCCCGAGGGCCGCCGCGGCCUCCCGCGGUAGCCGGGGCCGGGGCCUGGGGGGAAGCCGGGGCCGGAGCUGCGGGCGGCUGGGCCGGGCCGGGCCGGGCUGGGCUGGGCCGGGCUGGGCCGGGCUGGGGGGGACCCCCGCGGCCUGCCGGGGGUGGCGGGGAUAGCCCCGAGCGGCCCCGCGCCCCCCCGGUGCCCGUCUGGGCGGUGAGGAGAUUCCCCCCCCCCAGGCACAGGAGGCACCCCGGGUGCCCCAGGGAGGCUGUGGGCAACGCAGAAAGAAGCGGGAGCCCCGGCUGCGUGCCCAGUGGUUUUGGUUAUUUAUCCCUGCUCGGGAGGGAGAGCACGGGCAGGUUUAGGUGCCUCCUCUUCCCUUUUCCAGCUGCUGCCGGCCGCUGGAGGUAAAGGUGAUUUGCAGUACUGACCUACCUGAUCCCCCUCCGUCCCGAGGGAGAUCCCGCCUUCCCUAACCCCAAGAGGGUUUUCCCCAAGUGUUCGCUGCAAGGAGAGGCAGCACACCUCCCGAUUACAGGGAGGGGAAAAGGUAGAGAUCCCCGAUAAUACCCACAGCGUUGGCAAGAAUUAUUUCACAGAAGGUGGUCCCACCACCCCCAAGGACAAGGUGCACCUACAGGAAAGAACAGAGAGGCUUCCAGGUAGGGAGAGCAUUGGAGAUCAAUUUCCCCAAUCUGACAGGCGGCAAGGAGAAGAAAAGGCAGCCUCCCGGGGGAACACCCCUUUGGUAUUUAGCUGCCAAAAGGGAGAGAGGAUCUCCAUCCAGGGAUAAAACCAGCAGUUUUAGGGAGGUGACAGUCCCAGGCAGAUUGUUAUAAUACUCAAGAUUCUGAUUUAAUCUGCAAUCCCCACGCCCUCGAAAUAUUUCUUGAAGAAGCUCUUGGAAUAACUGACAGCAACAUUCUGAGGAUGGGUCUCAGAGAAGUGUGAAGAGCAGCACCCCAGAAACCAGCACUGAAGAUAAUCCACCUCCCUCCAGAAGAAUCUUCCAGUCAGAAUACACCUGCUUCCAGCACCAUGGCCUCUGACCUGGAAAGCAGCCUCACCUCCAUUGACUGGCUCCCACAGCUUACUUUAAGAGCUACUAUUGAAAAACUAGGGGGUUCCUCACAAGCAGGGCCUCCAGGGGCUGCCCGAAAGUGUCCUCCAGGCUCACCAACUGAUCCCAAUGCUACUCUGAGUAAGGAUGAGGCUGCAGUGCAUCAAGAUGGGAAGCCACGUUACAGCUAUGCCACUCUGAUCACGUAUGCAAUCAACUCGUCGCCUGCCAAGAAGAUGACACUCAGUGAGAUCUAUCGUUGGAUCUGUGACAAUUUUCCCUACUACAAAAAUGCUGGUAUUGGUUGGAAGAACUCGAUUCGUCAUAACCUCUCUCUGAAUAAGUGUUUUCGAAAAGUGCCUCGACCGAGGGAUGAUCCUGGGAAGGGCUCUUAUUGGACAAUAGAUACGUGUCCAGAUAUAUCUCGCAAGAGGCGGCAUCCUCCCGAUGAUGACAUACCACAAGACUCCCCAGAGCAAGAGGCAAGCAAGAGCCCCCGAGGUGCUGUUCCAGUCAGCACAGAAGCCUCUUUGCCAUCUGAGGCCACCCCUCAGCUGUCACUCCAGAGCACUGCCCCCAUUGCCAACUACAGUCAGCAGGCUGCAGGACCUGUGGAUGUUGCCUCUACUGUAGCGGGGGGGCAGGGCCGUGAAGGGGCCGACGUGCCACCCCCGCUGUACAGUGCCAACCAUGACUUCAAGUUCUCCUACUCUGAGAUCAAUUUCCAGGAUCUUAGCUGGUCCUUCCGAAACCUCUACAAAUCCAUGCUGGAGAAAUCAUCUUCCUCUCAGCACGGUUUCUCUUCUCUCCUUGGUGACAUGCAACCCUCCAACCACAACUACUACAUGUACCAGCAGCAGCAGCAGCAGCAGGGUCCCUCAGCAGUGGGUGCUGCUCCCCCACUCCACACUCCAACCCCAGACGGUUGCCCGUCCCAAGGGGGAAAGCAGCAGGGUGGUGAAAGUUAUGUCCCUCCACCAGUGAUGUCCAUGCACCCUCCUCCAAUGCAGCAUGGAGGCUACCACCAGCAUCAACAACAUCACCCACACUCCCACCCACAGCAGCAGCCGCAUCAGCACCAGCAGCAGCAGCAGUCACAGGCUUCAAUCAACAAUGCUGGCUUUGCAUUUCCUGAUUGGUGCUCCAACAUUGAUUCCCUGAAGGAAAGCUUCAAGAUGGUAAACCGGCUGAACUGGUCUAGCAUUGAGCACUCCCAAUUCUCAGAGCUGAUGGAGAGUCUGCGCCAGGCUGAGCGGAAGAACUGGACGCUGGAUCAACACCAUAUUGCCAACCUCUGCGACUCCCUUAAUCACUUCCUUACCCAGACUGGUCAGCUCCCUCAUCUGGUCGGCCCGCAGCAGCCCCCUCGAAUCUCUGAUUCUUGUGCCCUGAACAGUGGCAAACAGGAGCAAUCCAUGAACCAAGUGAACUCCUAUGGUCAGCCCCAGCCUCCCCAUCUCUUCUCCGGGCCAUCUCCUAUGUACCAGAUUUCCACCCAGGACUCUCCAGGAUAUAAUCGACCAGCUCACCAUCUGGUCCCUCGGCCUCCAGGGCCUCCUCCAGGUGCCAAUGAGGAAAUCCCCGAUGAUUUCGACUGGGACUUGAUCACUUAGCGAGUUACAGACUGAAGAGCCCGUCCUUUGUGAAGGACGCGGGAGGCGAGGGGGACACGGGGUGAAUGGUGCUGCACCACCUUCCCCAGCCUCCCCACCUUGCCUGUAUAUAGAUAUAUAUUCUCUAUCUCCGCCAGAGAAGCCACCGCAAGAUGCUGCCGAAGAUAAUCCUUCCUUGCGUCCUGUUUUAUCUUCUUUUUCUUCUUUUGUUUAUUAUUAUUAUUAUUAUUAUUGUUAUUAUCAAUAAUUGAGCACAGCCCUUCCCCUCCUCUGGUGGCCUCGGACGCAUCAGAUUGACUCUUUCAUGUUGCGUGGUGCCCUGUGGAGGGCAGAAAGAUGGUUCCUUGGUGCCACGAAAAGACCUCGCAAGGUUGAAUCCUCGAGUGCAUCUUUCUCUGCCUCCAUCAUUUUGCGUUUAACAAUCCCUCUUUCCCUUCAAGGUGGCCAGUGAAUCUGUCAUAUUGGCUACCGGAGUGAGAGAGUCUAGUGGACCCUGGGAGCCUGUAGUUCUGUUGUUUCUUAAAUGUUGUAAAGGUUGGGGGCUAAAGGGACACUGGAGGGGUGAUCUUAGCUCUGUGAACUUUCUCGCACCCGCAGGAAAAGCAAGAGAAGCAGGAGAUAGCCCAAGUACAAAGACCUCUGAAGUAGGGAGAACAGAGCUGAGCUGUGAGGGAAGACCUGAGUUUGGAGAAAUGAGGAUGUAGCAGAUGUAGGUUUCAGAAUGCAGUGCCAUCUGUGAGGACCAAGAGCGAUUUUGGGGGAAUCCUGACCUGUUUUCUACACUGCCUUUUGCAGCCUCCAGGGAGGUGAAGUCUGCAUACCCAUCAGGUAAAAGGAGCAGUUGGGGGUGUCGCGAUGCAGCAAAGUCUGUUCCCCAAAGCUUUUAAUUUCACCCCCCACAAUCACCCCUUCAAGCCUUUCUUCCAAAUACGCAGUGAGACUCUCACUUGCAUAUACAAAUCCAAAAAUUUUCUCGCUAUCAGUAUUUUUUUCAGUUUGUUCAGUUGUUAUUUGGCCCUCUCCCCCUUGCACUUUUUUGGAGACUGUCCUUGCCUGUGGCUUGAAAAUGAUAAUGAUGGGUGUCUUGCUGCAUAGGUGUAAUUCUUAGUCAGUGGUUCCACUUUGUGAACAGGCAAAUGGUGGGAAGAGGAAGCUGCUGCUCAGAACAGAGGUGAAUUAGGCGACUUCUGGUCAAGGGGCUCGAACCCUCUGGUCGAGUAAGUGGGAGGCCCUUACAAGUGAUUUUUGUAAGAGAUGCAUUAGAAGAGAGGACGAAGUGGGGCAGAUUUUUAAACUGAACAGCCAGAGUAUAGUAUAGUGUAAAAUGAGGAGGGUGGGUCAAACCCUUGCAGUUCAGCUGGGGAGAUAGAUGACAGAGUAGAGCACAAAUCCCAGUUGAUGGGCUCUGUUGGCACUAGCAAAUCAGGAAGGCAGAAAAGGUGCAGGAGCAGGAGUGAGUGUUGAGAUGUCUCCUCUCCUAAACUGUGUCCUUUGUUCCCCUUUUUUUCUGGUAUGGCUCUGUUCUGUCAAACCUUUUGUUUCCUUUACAUGUUUUAUAAAGCCUCCCCCCAGACUUUAUUCCCUGUUUACCAGUGAAGGGAACAAGACACACAAAAUACCAUGGCGGCUUGACGUACCUGGGGCAGAGGAGGUCAUAACCUCUACUCUGACUGAAGGAAGGUGGGGAACUGACAUUGCUUUUUAAAUUUGCUGUAGGGAUGAACCAAUUGGAUCUUUGUCAGGGAAGUGGACAGAGUCUCAUUGUAUUGGGGAGGGGGGGAUGGGACUUUUUUCUUUUUUUUUUUUUCUUUUUUUAAGUGUGUGUGUGGGGGGAGUUCAUCAUUGAGUGUUUCCAAGAGAAAUGAGGAAUUCCAGAACCAACUUCAGCAUGGAGUCAGCUGUUAUCUCUGCUGCCUCGGGAUGGGAAUGGCACGACUUGGAAGCAUGUGUGAUUGGUUUUCUGUGGAACGUGGCACCAGAGACAGCCCCUUGUUGGUGCCAGUUAGUGCUUUGCAGAGGAUGUUACUGAGAGCCGGCCCUGUGGAUACCUGAAACCACCAGAAGAAAAAAAAAAACAAAAACAAAAACAAGAAAGAUGGCUCCUUCUGCAUAUCCAAGUGCUCCUCAUUUGCAUAUUUGCCUCAUUUGCAUAUUCAAUCGCUCUUCAUUUGCAUAUGUAAAUAUGUGCCGGUCAGUGUGCAAAUUAGCCUCAUUCCUCUGUCCCUGAAAUAAAUGUGCGUUGUUGGAGUGUGGGAAGGCAUCGGGUCGGCUACACGCAGCUCAGCGCUGCAGGCUGGCCCACGGUGUUUUUGCUCGAUGGUCAGGGAGAGAGGGGUGUGGUCUCACAAGUUUAUUUUUGUGCAUGCUUUCUUAAUAAAAAGAAAAAGUGAAUGUUUAUGGUUUAA